AUCAAACUCUGACCCUCAAACCUAGCCAGCAUGUCCAUGUUAUCUUACAGACAAGUGGUCCGGGUGGUUUGUGAUGUAGACUAUAUACGGUUCAGUGGAUGCUGAGAGCUAGAGGAGCAUACAGUCAGAUGGACCUAGAAGAUAUGCUCUAAUUCUGGAUGGCCAGUCAAGUUGGGCCAGUUGUUCCCAAUGAAGGCCCUUGGAUACUAUGCCGUGGUUACCGGGAGAGAGGUAUGUGUGUGUAAUGCAUAACCCUAGAAGAAGCUGCAUUGUCUUUGAUGUUGUGAUCAGUCACAUGAGAAUGUUCCUGUAUUGAGAGGUAUGAUCACCAGUGGAACCUCCGAAUAACGUACCCAGUAUUUAAUUUAUCUAUAAAUUCCGUCCUUACAAUUUAUUACUUUCCUAAAACUAUGAAGUACUGUGUGAUUUUGGUAAUGGCCGUUAACCAAGUUUGCUGACUAUUUUAUUUGACGAUAUGUAAGGUUUACCAGAUUGAUCUUCUGCACACAUGGUCGGCCGGCUGAAUCAGAGCUCUACCUCAUGAUGGCUGCAUCGUUGCAAGGAAGGGAUUUGCUGAGCACUGCUCGUGUUCCCCUAGGAGGGGACUACGUCUACACGGAUGAAUGGUCUACUGCUUUGAAUCUCUAGCUAUAAUACAUGUAGCUAAAAAGGUUUACUACAUGGUUUGAUCCAGGAGAUGGAGCUAGUGUGUGAGUCUGAGCUCUUUCCUUGGGCUGAGUCGAUACUACCAGAAAACCAAAGAGUCUCUGUUUCUAUUCAUCGAAAAUAAAAAAGCCCCCACAGCCCCGGCUCCUGUGGUGGACGAAGCCCCACCCAGUAAGAAGCCGACUCGUCUGGCUAUUAGGAUGGAGGGUGGUUUCGAUGGAGGAGUAGAGAAGGAGGAGAGCUAUUCUCUCUUGGUGCUGCCUGAGUUCACUAUCAUACCUCUGCCAGAUCCACAGCUGCCACAGAAGAUCCAAGAAUCGAUAAGAGGCAUUCAGUCUGCACACAGCCACCAAGCAGGAGGCCAUUGCUGCAUGGGAUGGGGACAAGAGAAUAGUGUCCAAGCAUGCAAUGGCCCUGGAGCAAGAGGGAAUUCUCCCAAUGAUGUUCAAGGCUCUGAUUGGUCGAGACCACCCUGAGUUCAGUACUAUGAGGCAACAGGAUGCUCAGGAGUUCUAUCUUCACCUGCUGGCAUCAAUUGACAAGAAUCAACGUACUAAACCUGGGACUCUGAAUGCAGUGGACUCAUUCCGGUUCCAGACUGAGGAACGAAUCGAGUGUGUAGCCUCAGGGAAGGUCCGCUACUCCCUGAGAGAGGACAACCUCCUUCCCCUGCCCGUACCUCUGGACGCAGCCACUAACAAAGGAUGGCAAUGUGGAGAGAGCAGUUGAUUGGGUGUUGACUGAGCUGGCGGCUAUGGAGAUGGAUCAGCCGUCAGAGGUGGGACCAACCUAUCACGAUGGACCAGGAAAAUAUGAACUGACGGCCUUCAUCAGUCACAUGGGCACCUCCACCAUGUGCGGCCAUUACGUCUGUCACAUCAAGAAAGAUGGCAAGUGGAUCAUCUUCAACCAUGCUAAAGUUGCUGAGUCAGCUGCUCCCCCCAGAGAAUUGGCCUACCUCUAUCUAUACAAAAGAGUUGGAACCUCAUAACAACUGAUAGCACACUAACAAUGCGCAGUUCGCAAUUAAGUCAUGUAUCAAUUAUGUGCAUGUGCAUGUGUUGUAUAAAUUAGUUGUACAUGUCAUAGAAUUUGAUUACAAAAAUAAUAUAACUGUGGCUUUCUGGAAUGUUAAAUGUGUCAGCAAUGAAUAAAUUAUUAAUCAAUUCA